GCACCGAGGUGGGCGUGCCCUCGUGGAAUUUAGAAUGUUGCCGCAGCCAAUGGGGCCUCGCGGCCGGCUGUCCGGGCUCCUCAUUGGAGGAGCGGGGAGGCGAGCGAGUAGAGGGCCCCCGGAGGGAGCCGCGGAGGUGCAGGUCGGAGAGGCCGGGCUACGCCGUGCCCUGCGCGUGAGCAGCUGCAGCGGCGGCAUCCAGCGGCGGUGUCUGCAGUUCCAGCCCGUUGCUUUACUUUUUAGCUGCACGAACGUAGUCAUGCCGAAGAGAAAGUCUCCGGAGAAUACAGAGGGCAAGGAUGGAUCCAAAGUAACUAAACAGGAGCCCACCAGACGGUCUGCCAGAUUGUCAGCGAAACCUGCUCCACCCAAACCUGAACCUAAACCAAGGAAAACACCUGCUAAGAAAGAACCGGGAACAAAGAUUAACAAAGGUGCUAAAGGGAAGAAGGAGGAAAAGCAAGAAGCUGGAAAGGAAGGUACUGCACCAUCUGAAAAUGGUGAAACUAAAGCUGAAGAGAUCCACAUCUCUCGCUCAACUGUUAAUGUCUCAACCUCCAGAGGUACCCCACCCAGCACACUGUCAGUAAAGGGGCAGAUUGAAACAGUGAGAGUUAAGGGCACAGAAAACUGAAUCUGUAGAUAACAAGGGAGAAUGAAUUGUCGUGAAAAAUUGGGGUUGAUUUUAUGUACCUCUCGGGGCAACUUUUAAAAGCUAUUUUUACCGAGUAUUUUGUAAAUGCUAAUUUUUUAGGAUUCUGCUAGUUGGCAUACAAAAAUAUAUAAGGACGGACAUUUUAUCUUCUCAUGGUUGUGCUUUUUGGAAAUUUCCAUCAUCCUCAAGUGAAAUAAAUAUCAGUUUGAUAUUGGAAGCUGUGUGUAAGAUUGAUUCAGCAUUCCAUGCGUUUGCUUUAAAAAUCAAGUCCUGUGCAAACUGUGGUGUUUUUACUGUGCGUAUUUAAAUUUUUCAUGCAGUUUUUCUAGAGCAAUAAUCAGUGGUGCUUUUGUACCUAGGUUUUAUGUGAUUUUAAUGAAACAUGGAUAGUUGUGGCCACCUGCUGACUAUUUGUGGUUUAAAAUAAAAGGUUUUCUUGCCUGCAAA